AUGCUCCGCCUUCAGCUCUCCGCGCCGCCUGGCGCGGCACGGCGCGCCUUCGCCGCCCUGCCACGGUUGGCGGCGGCUCGUCCUCUCGCUCGCCCGCUCGCGCCGGCCUUUGGCCGCGCGGCGAGAGCCCUCUCGGCCAAGCCGGUGGACAUUGACCCCUCCCUGCUCGGCGACACGUCCCUCUCCGGCGCGGCUGGCGACGGCGUGCCGGUGGCGGCGCUCGAGGGUGUUGGCCCAGACAGCGACGGCGGCUGCAUGCUCUUCUCGUCUGGCAUGUCGGCCAUCACCGCUUCGUUGAUGGCUGUGCUCAAGGCGAGGCACGCCAAGCCAUGGGUGAUGUGCGACUCCACCUUCGCCACCCCCUUCCACCAGCGCUGCCUCGAGGUGCCGGGCGUGGACGUUGCGAUCCACUCCGCCACCAAGUACAUCGGAGGCCAUUCGGACAUCCUCGCCGGCGCCGCCACCGCCGAGUCUGGCGAGCUCCUGCACGGCGCCGCCACCACCGAGUCUGGCGAGUUCCUGCACGCUCUUGCAAAGGUCUUCUACCCCGGCCUGCCCUCCCACCCGGACCAUGAGCUCGCCAAGCGCGUCUUCAGCUCGGGCGCGGAGUUUGCCGCUGCUCCGCCCAAUGGCAUGCUCGCCUUCAUCAUCGCGGGCGACGACGAGACGGCGCUGCGGCGGGGCCGGCGCCUCUGCGAGCGGCUCGAGGUGAUCACGCUCGCCGUCUCGCUCGGCGGCACGGAGUCGCUCAUCGAGCACCCCCCCGCCUCCGACGCUCGCGAGGCCCCUGGCGGGCUGCGCGACGGCCUCGUUCGCCUCUCGGCGCUCACCGGGUGCGACGACGGGCAGUGA